AUGGGCUCCAUCUCUCCUCAUGAACUGCGAGUGCCAUCCGAUCCGGGGGAGCGGGCUAUCGAUGACUAUCGCCCGAUCAAGGUCAUAUGCAUUGGUGCUGGCAUGAGUGGUAUAACUGCGGGCUGCAUGCUUCCACAGAAAAUCCCCAACUUGGACCUCGUCAUAUACGAAAAGAACGACGAUGUUGGCGGAGGGUGGUACGAAAACCAUUAUCCUGGAGUGCAGCCCGAUCUAACACCGCAUACGUAUCAAUACACCUUUGCCAGCAACCCUCGCUGGAGCCGUUUCUUCCCUCCCGGACGCGAAUUCGAGCAUUAUCUGAAGGUGGUAGCGAAGAGAUUUGGGGUUUAUGAUCGGACCAAGUUCCGCCACAAGUUUUUGACUGCGAGAUGGAUCGAGGACGAUGGGCAAUGGGAGGUGGAGGUUCUCCGUCUCGACGACAACGUCGUGGUCAGAGACAGGGCAGAGGUUAUGAUCAGGUGUAUGGGUCUGGUGAAUGACUGGAGAUUUCCCGACAUCCCAGGGCGACAAGACUACCAGGGCAAAAUGAUGCACACGGCCAGGUGGGACGAUUCGUAUGAUGUCACUGGAAAGCGUGUGGCAGUCAUCGGCUAUGGUGCCACUGGCGUUCAGGUCAUGCCGGCAAUCCAGCCUUUGGUGAAAUCUGUCGACCAUUACGUGCGCGGUCCGCUCUGGGUGGCGCCGGCCGGCGGAACGGCGAUGGAAGAAAUCCUCGAACGCGGAGAGAGGUUGAACUUCGAUCAUCCAGUCGAGGAGGUCAAGAAAUUCUCCAGGGAACCACUCACGUACUUGAGCUAUCGCAAAAAGAUCGAACAUCUGUGUAACGGGUAUCAAGCCGGGUUGAUGAAGGACACCGAAGCCAACGCGCAGCUCCACGCCCUGGUUGAGGCCAACAUGAAAGCGACGCUGGCGCCAAAACAGGGGUAUUUUGAACUCCUAAAACCUGACUACCCGGCCGGCUGUCGCCGGUUGGUCAUGGGUCAACGAUGGAUGGAAGCGCUGGUUCAGCCCAAUGCCACUCUCAUCAAAUGCGACAUCGCUCGCUUUACCAAAGAGGGAAUCCAGCACCCCGAUGGAACCAUCCGAGAAUAUGAUGCCAUCAUAUGUGCGACCGGCUUUGACACUAAACUGGACAAUGCGACAACUCCGAUUCUUGGACAAGGUGGCCUCCCGCUCGCCGAACAAUGGGAUCCCGAACCCGUCGCGUAUCUCUCUCUUGCGGUGCCGAAAUUCCCAAAUAUGUUUCAGUUGUUCGGUCCCAAUUCGGCCCCAGUGGCUGGUUCCAUCUGCCAUACAAUGGAGGGCGCUUGUGGCUUCGUCAUAAAGUGCAUCACAAAGCUCCAGCAAGAAUACCUCAAGUCCAUUACCCCCAGCACAAGAGCAACACAAGACUGGAUGAAUCAGGUCGACUACUGGACCAGUAAAACUGUCAUUUCAGGAACGUGUCGUACAUGGUUCAAGCGAAACAUUGAGAACGGUCGAUCCAUUAUCAAUUGGCCAGGCUCGGCCAUGAAUGCCUACCAUGCAUGGCGCAACCCUCGAUGGGAAGAUUUUGACUACGAGUCAUGGCUGCCAGAAGGCCAGUCCCUUCGUUGGAUAGGGAACGGCAUGACCUACUCUGAGCAGCACGGAACCGAUACCACCGACUACAUGUCGUUCACCGAUGCAACUACUGUUCUUACAGAAGAAGAUUUCAAGGCUGUUGAGGACAAGCUCACCAAGUGA